UGUCUAACUCGCUAUGGGUUGGAGAAGAAGAUUGUCGUGCCAGCUGUUCCUCUGGUGGUUCAACCUAUCUCUCAGGUUAGACCCGAGGGAACUCAUAUUGUUGGAGAUGGGGUGCUUGUUAACCAAUUUGCGGCUCUAUCUGGAUCGACGACCAUCUCUACUGGCCCUGAGGCAACCACGACCCCUCCUCUCCAAAUCGGGUCGGACCAAUUUGGAUCGGUUCGGUUCGGGUUUGGGCCAGACUGGGCUGGACCGAGUCGAGACUGGUCACUGGGCACGAGGGUUGGCUCGCUGGGCCAGGACAGCUCGGGUCUGGCGCUGGGUCGCGGGUGCUGGGCCGGGUGGCAUGCUAGGAUGGUGCAGGUACACGCGCGCGGGGCGGUACUCCUACGCCUGGGCUGUCUGGGAGCGUGGGUGGUUCACGCGGAUGUGCGCGACACGUCUCCUAGGCGGACAAUGAAAAGGCAUGCGCGGCACGGGCUGGUCGUCGUCUUCUUGGGAACGCGAGGAACGCGGGGCGCACGCGGCGAGGCGCAAAGANGGCUGCCGGCGGAUGACGGCGGCGGUGAUUGGCCAGAAUAUGUUGGGUCUGGGCUGGACCGGGUCGGGUCUGGUCACUGGGCACGAGGGUUGGCUCGCUGGGCCGGGACAACUCGGGUCUGGCGCUGGGUCGCGGGUGCUGGGCCUGCUGGGCUGGGUGGCACGCUGAGAUGGCACGGGUGCACGCGUGCGGGGCGGUACUCCUACGCCUGGGCGGNGCGACCAGGGACGGCAGUGCGGGACUGGGCGCAGGCGGUGCUGAGGCAGCUCGUGCGGGCGCGUGGGGUCGAGUUCCAGCGGCUGACGGCGGCGGUGACUGACCGGAAUAUCCGCAUCUCCACGAACAAGGCAGAUCUUGGCCGCUUCCCAGGAGGCCUUCAAUCUGAAUUUGCCAUCGAAUCUCCCCAGGAUUUGGUCACCCCUCGCACCUCCAUCAGAGAGCCACCUUUAGCAGUUUAUCUCCACCCCGAGACACAAACAGAGUUCGAGAUUCAAAUGCCCCGCGCCGUCGCAUCUACUGCAUUCGACCCUGGGGGUUCAAAGAUAACAAGGGUUUAUUUUUAG